AUGUUCAUAUAUUCGUUAUGUUCGUAUAUAUUCGCAUAUUCGGACCAAGCCAUAAUUCACCGCUUCCCCGUCCACUAUACUAAGCAAUACCAAGUACUUUUCAGUACCCACUCGUCCACCACUUAUCAGGGCCAAAUUUGCCCCAUAUCAUCUAUCAUUUAUGGGACGGACUUUUCCAAAUGUUCGACCUUGCCAAUGCCAUGCGUCCGUCCACUUUGA